CUGACAGAUGUUGGCUCUUUCGAGUACUGGAAAAUCCGUCCCGUCCUCCAACGCAUCGAGUCCCCCGAACAACUCCACCAAAUCGAGCUUCGCUCUCCGCAAAUCUGUGGCGAAGAUGCUGAGCUCUGGCGCGCUUUCAUCGCUCGAGACAUCCCUAACUGGCGAGACAAAAACUAUUCUCCUAAGAAUCCGUUAGAAUGGUAUCGGGUCUACCGCAAGUACAAGAAGGAACAGCAGAGGGAAAUCGAGCGGGAUGAAGAGGCAUUGCGGAAUAGUAUGAUGGGCUUGAAGAAGGAGCGAGAGACACAUGUUUCGAAGGUCGUGGAUUUGAGGACCCUGCCGAAGAUUCCUAAGGAUCCGAGGAUGCUAGCUAAUAAUGGCGGUGUACCGAUUGGGAAGGCGAGGGGCUUUAAGAAGGAGGGCGCGAGCACCUUGAUGUGGACGGCCGGGAGCAAGACAAAGUUGACGGAUGGGAAGAGUGUUCUUACCAGGGCGAGGAGGGAGGCGAAGGAGAUUAGCCAAAUGAGCAAGUUGUCGAGACCUACGCAUCAGUUGAAGGGGAAGAUGGGCCAAGUCAUGAGGGCGCCUCCUGGAAUGGUUAACGAGUAUCAGAAGGCAAGCCAGCCGGUGUUGAGGAUAUUGUCCAGGAAGCAGAACCCUGUUGGGAAGUUUUCGGGUGGUAUUACUGGAAUUAGUGGACCAUCUCUUGAGGAGAGAGAGGCGCGGUUGCGGGCUUUGACAUCCCCACCAAAGAAAGAUGCAGGAGGUUUACAGGAGACAUUGGUUGGUUCUUCAGAAGACGAUGAAGAUUACCUCGACGACGCAGACGACUUGUUUGACGAGCACCCU